AUGGUGAUAGCAGCAGCCACGAAGAAGGAACUUGCUGAGGAAUGUCCAUCUCUCCAUCCUCUUAACAAGGAGUCUCGGACUUUGGAUAGACGUUUGGAUGCCAACCUAAUCUCUGAGGUACCUGAAAACAGUUUUGAGAGCCUACGCUGUUUACGCCACCUUUGGCUGGAUGACAAUGCCCUGAAAGAGAUACCUGUCCAAGCUCUCAGUGAUCUGCCAGCACUUCAGGCCAUGACUUUGGCUCUCAACCAAAUCCGGCAUAUACCUGAUUCUGCAUUCCAGCACCUCAGCAGCCUUGUUGUACUUCAUCUUCACAACAAUAAAAUUCAGAGUCUUGGAACAAAUUGCUUUGAAGGACUACACAGCUUGGAAACACUAGAUUUAAACUACAAUGAACUGACAGAAUUUCCUGUAGCAAUAAGAACACUGGGAAAACUCCAAGAACUGGGCUUUCACAGCAACAACAUCAAAGUAAUACCAGAACAAGCUUUUACUGGAAAUCCACUGCUUCAAACCAUCCACUUCUAUGAUAACCCCAUCCAAUCUGUGGGAAGAUCUGCAUUCCAAAAUUUACCGAAGCUGCAUACGCUAUCACUCAACGGUGCAAUAGAAAUCAAAGAAUUUCCAGAUUUGAAAGGGACCACCAGCUUGGAAAUUCUGACUUUGACAAGAGCUGGUAUCACUGCGCUUCCAAAACAGCUGUGUUUGGAGCUGCCUAAUGUCCGUGUGCUAGAACUGUCUCAUAACCAGAUUCAGGAACUUCCCAGUUUCCAUUUGUGUCAGAAACUCCAAGAAAUAGGUCUCCAGCACAACAGAAUCCGUGAAAUCAGAGCAGACACCUUUUACCAGCUAACAGCACUACGGUCUCUAGACCUGAGUGGGAACGUGAUUGAGUCCAUUCACCCAGAAUCCUUUCUAUCCCUUCGCUCACUCACAAAAUUAGAUCUAACUGAUAACAAGCUUACAGCACUCCCACUAAGUGGACUGGAUGGGCUAACACAUCUGAAACUCCGAGGCAAUCUUGGUUUGGCUGAACUGUUGUUGGACAAUCAUUUUCCCAAGAUGAGAAUCCUAGAGAUGCCCUAUGCGUACCAAUGUUGUGCAUAUGGAGUAUGCAGUGAUUUCUACAAGCAGCCCAAACAAUGGGAAGGAAAUGAAGCAAGUGCCGAUGAGGAAGCAAACAAGAGAACACUGGGACUACUUCAAGCAGCAGCAGCUGAAAUGCACUAUGACUUGGAAAUUGAGGACUUCCAUUCAGACGUAGAAGAUUCAAAGCUGAAUCCCAGUAUUCAGUGUAUACCUACACCAGGUCCAUUUAAACCUUGCAGUCACCUGUUUGAAAGUUGGAUUAUUCGUCUUGGAGUAUGGAUAACUGUGAUUGUGUCUCUGGUAUGUAAUGGCUUGGUGAUCCUAACAGUAUUUGCUUCUCCUGGUUACUUGUCACCAGUGAAGUUUGUGAUUGGCUCUAUCGCUGCUGCCAACAUGCUUACGGGAGUCUACAGUGGUGUUCUGGCUUUUGUGGAUGCAGUAACCUUAGGACAGUUUGCAAAGUAUGGAGCAAGCUGGGAAACUGGAAAUGGCUGCAAAAUCUCAGCAUUUCUGUCUGUUUUUGCUUCAGAAGCAUCCAUCUUGUUCCUGACACUUGCAUCCGUUCAGUGCAGCAUAUCCGUAUCUUGUGCCCGUGCAUAUGGAAAAUCGCCUUCAUUUAAGAGUGUGAAAACUGCUGUCCUGUGCUGUGUGCUGUUAGCUGCUAUAGCUGCAUCGCUUCCUCUUUUUUCAGUUGGAGAAUAUGGAACUUCCCCUCUUUGUCUCCCAUCCCCACUUCCAAAUGGGAAACCUUCUACUCUUGGCUUUUUGCUGGCCUUAGUAAUGAUGAACACCCUUUGUUUCGUGGUCAUCACAGGCACUUACAUCAAGCUGUACUGUGAUCUGGUGAAAGGAGAGUUCGACUCCAUUUGGGACUGUGCUAUGAUCAAGCAUGGUGCCUGGCUCAUUUUUACUAACUGUCUUCUUUAUUGCCCUGUGGCCUUCCUAACCUUCUCUUCCCUCCUGAAACUCUUCUUCAUUAGCCCAGAAGUAAUCAAGUCUGUUUUGCUGCUGGUUACCCCAUUACCUGCAUGUCUGAAUCCACUGCUGUACUUGCUUUUUAACCCACAUUUCAAAGAUGACCUUCGACUUUUGAGACAAAGAGCUAGGCCACAAGAAGAAAACCCAGAACCUUUCACUAGUGAAGACACAGAUAAGAGUUCCUACGAUUCCACACAAGCUCUGGUAACCUUCUCAGAUGUUGACCUGCUGUUUGAUACUGUGGAUGCUCUAGAAGUCAUCGCCAGACAUCCACAAGUUCUUGAAGCAUACAACAUUUCUUCAGUAACUCUCUUCCCAUGCCAGAAAAUAGUGGAGGGCAAGAGACAGGAAGCAAACUAUGCCCCCAAACACUGUUUUGCAGAUGAAGAACUAUUGAUUACUUGUGAAAGUGCAGAACUAGCUCACAAUAGCAACAUUCAGAUCAGCUUUUGUUCGGGUAAUUCAGUCCAUUCCUUUCCAUCUCACCUAUAAUAAGUGGAUCUUACUGACUAUAGUGUCCCCUCCCCAUCAUAAACAGCUGCUCUGCUACUGGACUGCACACUGAAUCCAAACAAACUGCAUGAGAUGUUCCUAGACUGCUUGUAGCACACACCUUCAUCUCAGACUGACUCAUUACUGAGCGAUGUUUCUACACUGAGUGCAACUGUAACAGUACUAUGUACACAAAAGGCACUGUAUCAGGCAACAGACUGUUACCCCUCUUUAACAUCAUUUAACAGUCUAGCCUGAAGAACUUGAUCAAGUUUGACUCAUGACUGUUUGUGAGACUACGUAAUUCAGAAUGUUGUUUCAUAACACUGUGACCCGAUCUUCAGUACAGGAGCUGAGAAUACAACUACGGAAUGUCCCCCUGAAUGUAAAAAUAUUCCUCUGCAGACUGAACU